AUGUCUUUGGCAGGGGAGAACAUCGGCCAGGAGGUGGUGCUGCUGUAUCACCUAAACUGCCACAGCUGCUUAUUGGUUCCUUCCUAUCAGAACUUGGCAUCCGGAUUGCAACACGAGGCUGUGAACCAAACGUUAGGGGAGAUGUGCAAAGAGCAGUGCAUGCCACCCAGGGGCGAGGCGUGCGGCGGCGGCGGGGCCGGCGGCGGGUGGGGACGCUGCGCGACCGGCCUGGAGUGCCGCCGUCGGCGGAAGGGCCUGCCCGGCGCCUGCGUCUGCAAGAACCGCUACCCGGUGUGCGGCAGCGACGGCCUCACCUACCCCAGCGCCUGCCAGCUGCGGGUGGCCAGCCUGCGCGCCCAGAGCCGAGGCGAGCGCCCUGUCCAGCAGCGCAGCAAGGGGCCCUGCGAGCAAGGACCAUCCAUUGUGACACCCCCUAAAGAUAUCUGGAAUGUCACUGGGGCACAGAUUUAUCUGAGCUGUGAAGUCAUCGGAGUUCCAACUCCUGUACUUACCUGGAACAAGAUAGCGAAGGGCCAAAGGACAGAGCUGCUGCCAGGCGAUCGGGAGAAUUUGGCCAUCCAGACGCGUGGGGGUCCAGAGAAGCACGAAGUGACAGGCUGGGUAUUGAUAUCCCCCUUGAGCAAAGAUGACAGCGGAGAAUACGAGUGCCACGCAUCAAACUCUCAGGGAGAGGCCACCGCAUCGGCGAGAAUUACUGUGGUUAAUUCCUUGCAAGAAAUACCCACCGUGAAAGGUGGUGAGGCCGAGCUAUGAAAAGCGAACAGUCUCUGUCGUGUGUAGAGGGGGAAGAAGCUCUCGUCUAGGUCAGCUUAGGCUAGUCUUCCGGAAGUCUGCAGCUUCUGUUCUUUCCUGCUCCUCUCUGAUCAGUUAUUCUCCUUCCAUAAUUUUUGCUAAGGGGCCAACAGUGGGAAAGGGUUCCAUGGGGAUGAAGGGGAAUUCUUGGGAUCAGUAUUACCACGGGGUUUCCCAGACUAACAAAGAACAGUGCCACUGCUCAAAUAGAAAAGAGCACGAGUCCAGCAGCACCUUAAAGACACAAAAUUUAAGGUAGGGUAGGAGCUUUCAUAAGUCACUGCUCACUUCUUCACAUACAAUUCAAAUGUGCACAUUAGUCAAGUUAUUCUAUGCCAGUCUGGUUACAAAUGUGGCCGUACCCUUCAAGAUCAGCCCUCCACCCAAGCUAAGUGUUCUUCCUUAUGUAGGUUUAACACAGUGUCCCAAGAAAAUAUUAUUUCCUACAAAUGUCUUCUUAGGUGAUGGUUCACAACCUUCUGUGGUCUUUUCAGUCCCUUUUGUUUCUUGCUCCCUCUCUCCAUAUAUUCCACUGUCCCACCCCACAUUCCAGUCAAAGUACUGUCUUUUCCAUUAACUUCAGUGAGAGCCCUGCCGGACUGAUCUUGGCAUUUCUUAAUACUUCAGAAGGCCUAGCCAAGAUACGCUUUGUGCAAUGAUAUAUCUCCCCGCAAUGUGCUAUCUUAUCUCAGCUUGCAGAUUUCAGUAGCAAAGCGAUUCCACUCUGGUUCGGGGUCAGGAUGGCUUCGUUCUGUCUCCGGCCUCUCAGCAGUCCCCCAACUUAGUUCAGUUCAGCUUCUGUAUCAGAUCUAGUCUAAACAGUGAGUUGCAUCCAGACUAAAUUGGCAGUUUUCACCAUUUCUUUCUUCUUUCAGAUACCCCCUCCCGUGUAAUUUCUCAGGGUCCGUCUCACCCUGGAGCAACAUCUCGUGGAAUUCAGUGGGGCGUUUGGGAAUGGGGGAGGCAGGGCAAUUCUAGUCUGCUGAUGGAUUAUUUAGUCUGGAUUCAACCCCUUAAAGAAAGAUCUUUUCCUAGGUGCGCCAUCAAAAAGAAUAGAUUGUCUUAAAUUUAUAUAUAAAUUACAGGUAUGCACAAUUAAUUUUUUUUUUGCAUAUAACAUUUUUAGGAGUGGUUGUCUUACACCAAGGGUUGUCUUCCUUUCGGGUAAAUACAGUAUAUGCCAAAGAUGGGAGCUCCUAUCUGGGCUCUCAGUACAUGUCUAGUCCCUGGAAGGAAAGGAGAUUGUAAGCCACUUUGGACCUCCUUAAGGUAGAGAAAAGUGAGGUAUAAAAUCCAGUUCUUUUUCUUCCUGUAAAGGAUGAACCGACAUGGAUGCAUUUUUUAUAGCCAAGAUUCACGUAGCAAAAAUAUAUGUAGUAACUGGAGAUCUGUCUGUAUAUGUGAUAUAUUUAAUGGAUAAACAUAGAAUUCAUAUGUGGUGCAUACAGGUCUAAGUGAUAUAUGGAUACAUGGUUGCCUAGAUAUAUACUUCUAAGCAUAAACCUAAACUUGGUUAUUAA